GGGAGAUGCUUCUAAUACACGGCGGGGAUGUACCGUGGGACAUUGUGGGGACUGAUUCGGCCUUCAUCCGUCUCGCAAAAUAGGGUUUCUGACGUGGCAAGUUUCUCACAGGUGGACGAGAGGGUGUUUUUUUGCCCGCGCAAUGGUCAGUUUCAAAAAGUAAAAUUGAACCACACAGACACAGGGAAGGAGGAGAGGGAGCUUUUCUUGCUUUCUCAUCAGUUUCUCCUAUUCAUCGUCGUCUCUAACCCACUUCAUUUCUCUACACUUCACAGUAGAUUUCCGAUCCUUUGUAUCUACAUGGUUAAUUACGAGAUGCGGGUUUUCUCCGUCUUUUUUUCCCCUCUGGAUUUACAAGUAAAGAUAAAAAUCGAGGGUUUCUUAUCAUGAUUUCCUGCUAUCGUUCCGGGCUUUUUCUGUUGAGAUCGGCGUGUUAUUCCGGGAUAUACCAUCUGGGUUCCUAUCCUGCGGUUCUGCUUUUGUAGUGUUGUAUGCCUGAAAAUGGAGGGAUUUCAGCAGAAAAGAUCGUUUGGUAAGGGGAAACCAUAUCACGGAUGUGCGGUGACGCUCAGAAACAUCUCUGAUCAGAAAUCCGACAUUAAUCUUGUCCUGACGGAGAGAGUUCUCAACGAAGCAAAUGUGCAGAACCAGAAACUGGUAGACACUUUGAAGGCGGCAUCUGAUUCCAGUUCUUGCAGUAGUGAUCUUUCCGAACAAGGCCUUUACGGGCUUGAGUUGAGGAAGGGUUCUUUGAAACAAUCUGGUGGAACCCCAAUAAAGAAGCUGCUGGCUGACGAAUUGUCCAAAGAAAUGGAAUCAAGGCGACGGCCACCAAGUGUUAUUGCAAGACUGAUGGGCCUUGAUGCAAUGCCUUCUCCACAGCCUGUCCGUAAACAACAGAAAAAAUUUUCAGAAAACUAUCUCCAGAAAACAGCAUCUAUUGGGUUGCACGAAAAAAGCCCACCAUACAAUGUGCAAUCAUUUAGAAUGGAUAGUAAUAAGCAGCAUGAAUUCAAGGAUGUAUUUGAAGUCUUAGAAACAUCCAAAAUGUCAAAAAAAAGCAAUCCAACUGUUCAGAAGGGGAAGGCAAACUUUAAGCAAACCGAUGAAAAAAUGGCACUCAUACGGGAGAAGUUCAUGGAUGCAAAACGUCUCUCGACCAAUGAAAAACUUCAACACUCAAAGGAAUUUCAUGAUGCAUUAGAAGUACUAGAUUCCAAUAAAGAUCUCUUUCUGAAGUUCCUCCAAGAACCAGAUUCUUUGUUCACAAAACAUCUCCAUGAUCUGAAGGGUGUGCCACAUACUCUUCCAGCAGGUCACAUAACAGUCUUAAAAUCAUCAAAUGCUCCAAAGAAUGAAAACAAUGAUCUUUACAGUGAAUCAGGGAAGAAAGCUGUACAGUGGGGUGCCAUGGACUCUCAUUUCAGGCAUGGUAGAGCUCAUUUUACACACUGCCACGGUAGACCUAAUAUUUAUAAUUCUUACAAGUUAUCAUAUCCCCAAUCUCAAGGAAGGGAUGAAACUUGUCUUCUUCCUACACGAAUUGUUGUUCUGAAGCCAAACCUCGGGAAGAUACCAAAUACGGAACAGUCUCUCUCAUCACCAAAUUCUUCUGGAGGUUUUCAACCAGACUUUAGGAAGCAUAGAGAGUUUCAAAGAUUGGAAAAUAUGGAAUUAUUUGCAGAAGUUCGGGAAAGGAAGAACACAUCAACCAAUGUAGAAUUUUUGAGGCAUAGGACUAGACAUUCCAGAGAACUUGCUAAAGAAAUCACUAGGGAAAUGAGGCACAGUGUCAAUAGUGGUUCUAUAAAGGUACCAAGCUCAGGUUUCAGAGGGUAUGCGGGAGAUGAAAGCUCAUAUAGCAUGUCAGGAAAUGAUUCUGAAAAUGAAUUUGAGGUCAUGACACCAAUUUCUAGGUACUUCCCUGAAUGUACAAGCAGAUGUAGCCCUUCACCCUCCUAUUCAACUGAGUCAUCUGUAACCAGGGAGGCCAAGAAACGACUUUCAGAGCGGUGGAAAAUGACUCAUAGGUUUCAAGAGGUGGGACUGGUUGGUAGUGGCAGUACUUUGGGUGAAAUGCUUGCUGUGCCUGACAGGGAAACUGUGCCAGUGACCUUAAAUUUUGAGAACAGGUUUAGGAGUGAUAGACUUGCAAUGUGGGCCAGUCCUUUGGGCAUUAGCAGUAGAGAUGGUUGGAAGGAUGGGUUUGUCAGAAGUUUGCCAAGGUCCAGAUCUGUUCCAGCUUCUACUACUUUUGAAAGUCCGAUGUUGAGUGUAAGAAAUAGACCUGCUGCCAGUGGGGAUAGGUCUUUGGUACCAAAAGAGACUAUAACAAAUCCUGCUGGUCAUGUGGAUGGGUGUUCGAUGCCAAAGGAUACCAUCAAUCAAAGCACCCACAGGUCAAGAAAGGGAAGUUCCAAUCAAGAAGAAUAUUCCUUGUUUAGAAAUCUCAGCUCCAGAAGUAAAAAAUCUCAGGCUUCUCCUGUGACAUCUGGGGAAAGUGAUGACAGUGUACAAGAAAUUCAUAUCAGCCUGGAUGAACUGGGGAACAAUCAUACAGUAGCUGAACAAAAACCUAUUGCUCCUGGGCUAUUGGUCAGUGAUGUCUCAGAUAAAAGGUCAGUUGUUGAGGAAGUGGUAGUUGAGCCUGUGAUUGCAUCCUUGCCUUCUGGUACCCCUGAAGAAAUAGAGCAACCACUCAGCCCAUCAGCUUCUACUGUAUUGGAGAAAGAAAGUGAUUUUUCUUCUCAUGAUACAAAUGAAACAAUUGCAGAGGAAUCGUCCAGUAGGUCUAUCAAAGGAGGUUCACUUCAGUGUCCUGUAAAUGAAACAAAGUCUCCUGUAAGCCCCAAAGGGACUGAUCAAACUAGUCCUGUUUCAGUUCUUGAACCACCAUUUGUAGAAGAGACAUCAUCUGGUUCUGAAUGCUUCGAGAGGAUCAGUGCUGACCUCCAUGGGCUUCGUCUGCAGCUUCAACUUCUCAAGUUGGAGUCAUCAGAUGCAUACACAGAAGGACUUGGAAUGGUUGUCCCAAGUGAUGAAGAGACUGGAGAGGUAUCCUUCAGUGUUCUUGCAGAGAAGGAAAAAACUGCCAGAGCGUUGAGAACUGAAGUGAACAGAAACUUCUCUUACCUAGUUGAUGUGUUAACAGACUCGGGUUUUUAUGAUGUGGACCGUGAAAUUAUCCCGUCAAUGUGGAACUCCUGGGAAUGCCCAAUUUUCCCUACGGUGUUUGAGAAGUUAGAAAAGAAGUAUGAGGAACAGACAUGGCUGAGGUCAGAAAGGAGGCUGCUAUUUGAUCGUAUAAAUGCGGCGUUGAUGGAGAUGUGCUGCGCGUUCAUGGACCCACACCCGUGGGUGAAAUCAUUGAUGAAAAAGGGUUCCUUUGGGUGGGAAAGACAAUCACUUGCUGAAGAGUUGCGGAAGAUGCUGGUUAGCCAGGAAAGAGAUGUGGGUGUGGAUUCACCAGACAAAGCGCUGGGGAAGAUGACAUGGUUGGACCUUGGAGAUGACAUAGAUGCAGUGGGUACAGAAAUAGAGAAGUUGUUGCUAGAUGAGUUGGUAGGAGAACUUGUAAUCCUGUAAAGGAAGGCCACGGCGAAAACUGCUACUUGUAGACCGAUUCAAAGAGAAGAAAAUCAUACAUUUACCGAAAUGAGAUACGAAUUUUGAAGAGAAUAAAUAAACAAGAGAAUUCUAAGUUAAGUUGAAUUCCGACGCCAGAUCCGGGGGCUGAUCGUUUUCUUAUUCUUCUCUUCUAUCGAGGUGGUAAUCUGGGUCUUUGGAGUCGUGGACUGUCUACAGACUAGAGACAGGCAGGGAUUGAGUGGGUCCGUGGAAAUGUUACCAGAUUUCUUCCACAGUUCUACUCCAUACCUUUGUCCUAUCCAUGAAACAACUUUCCUCCUUUCCAUGAAGCCAUCCAACCAUAAUGCAUCAAAAUCAAUGUAUCACCCAGCUUUUCCUCGAUGACCAGAUCUUAUUAAGAAAUGAUUAUCCGAACAGGAAAAAGCAUAUCGUAUAUCA